AUGUCAUAGUUAUCUUGUAGGUUAUGUUUUGAGCUAAGGUCUAGCUAUAUUGAAGAAGCUGAAGAUGAUUUUCAAAGAGGAUGGGGGAAUUUUACAAAUAAUAUCUGAUUUCUUGAGUAUAAUUACAAUAUCGACGUGUUUAAUUUUAAAAUUUCCACAAAUAUGGAAUGUAUUCAAAGUGAAGAAUACCAAAGGUAUCAACUUGAUAGGACUACUGAUGGAACUUGGAAGUUGCACAGUAAUGCUCUCUUAUAACUAUCGCAAUGGAUAUUCCAUUUUGAGUUACAUGGAAUAUCCAAUCAUUCUAAUCCAGCAAAUUAUCCUCAUUCUCUUUGUAAUCUACUACAGUGGUUACUUUAAUAAGUACACAUACAUGGGAGCAUCUAUUUAUAUAUCUACAGCAGGAGGUUUUCUGCUGGGCAUAUUGCCAAGAGAAAUAUUAAUGUUCUUAGUGCCAUUCUGCACACCAAUUGGAGCAUCUGCAAAAGUGGUGCAACUAUUGGAGAUAUGCAAAACGAAAAAUUCAGAAUCAGUUAGUUUGUUGACAUGGUUUAUAUCAGCAUUUACAAACUUCACACGCAUCUUCACUAUAUUAAUAGAAUCUGCUGAUACGAGUCUGCUUCUGAAUUUUUCCGUAAACACGUUCCUAAGUACAUGUGUAAUGCUUGUUGCAUACUAUUACAAGCCGUAUGUUGGAGGCGUUCGUAAAAAGCAAUAGUUUUCUAUUCCGUUUUGGAUUGUUAUACGUUAUUACACCAAGUCAACAUACAACAAUAUUAAGUUAUGCUGUGAUACAUUUAUUUAUAAUAGUAAAGGAUUGUUUUAAAGGCAUAUUAUUUUAAAUU